CGCGAGUUUUGCCUGAAACUUGAACUUCAGGCUCCCCCCAGAGUUGUCCACCAGCCGCUUCAAUUUCAACGCGUAAGAGGAACAACAUCAAGAGCACGAAAGGGAUCUCUUCGUUGUCUACUCCGAGAGAAUGCCACCUCUCGUCCGGUUAUCAAUCCUUGCAUCGCCAACGCAUAGAUUACAAGGGGUAGCGGUUCCAGGUUUAUAGUGAAAGUUUCUUGCAUGAAAUGGCAUUACUCAACUCAUCAAAGUCCUCCAAAACGGUCCUCCAUGGCUUCUCAAGGUUGUACUUCCAUGACCAGAUCGCAAAAUCCACUUGGGCAAAUGGAGUAUUUGCCCACCGGUUCUCAUCAAAGCCUGAUUUACAUGCACCUUUUUGUAGGAUUCCUUUCAGAAACCACAGUGGCAACAAUCCCUCACUUGGCUUUUCUUAUUUUCAUUCUUUGGGCUCUGAAAUUGCUUCAAAGCCGUCAAAGAAAUAUCGAACUUUUUCACCCUUAUCGGAGAAGCUUUCCCCGAGAGAGUUUUUCAGAUUUUAUUCCCACGAGUCUACGCAAAGAGGAUUCUCUCUAAUGGGUUCUUCUGGUUCUGCCCAAAAAGUUGUCCCAUCGAUCAGAUUGCAACAAUUCUCUCCAGAAGCGCAGAGGAAGUUCUUCUCAUUUAUGAGGAGCUCAGAACCUGGCAAAGUUUUUAGUGGGGAAUUUCCAAAAUUGCUGGCCAGGCCUCUGGAAGCUGUUAGAUCGACGUUCUCCGGCUACAGAGAAGCUACGGCUCUCCACAUUGAAGCAUUCUGGAAGAGGAAUUACUUGGUGCUAGUGGGAGCUGUUGGCGUAGGCUUGUGCCUUCUUUUAUGGAGGAUUAUGUUUGGAGUUGCUAACAUGUUCGUUGGACUGUCUGAAGGCAUGGCCAAGUAUGGAUUUCUUGCUCUUGCAUCUGCCAUUGUAGCUUUCACAGGUAUCUAUGUGCGAUCUAGAUUUACUGUUAAUCCAGAUCGAGUUUAUAGAAUGGCCAUGAGGCGGCUGAAUACAUCAGCUGGGAUUCUUGAGGUUAUGGGGGCUCCUCUCUCAGGGACAGAUGUAAGGGCAUAUGUCAUGUCUGGAGGUGGGCUUCGUGUAAAAAACCUUAAGCCAAGGCUUAGCAGCAAGCGUUGCUUUCUCAUAUUUCCAAUUAGAGGCUCUGAAAGAAAAGGGCUUGUGAGUGUUGAGGUUAAGAAGAAAAAGGGCCAGUAUGACAUGAGAUUACUUGCAGUGGAUAUCCCCGUGACUACUGGUGCAGACCAGCGUCUGUUCUUGGUUGGGAACGAGGAAGAAUACAAGAUUGGAGGUGGCUUAAUAUCUGAAUUAAGAGACCCUAUAAUCAAGGCAAUGGCAGCAGAGAAGGAAUUUGAAGAUAUAGACCAGAAGGAAGAAGAGGAGGAAGCAGAAAGAGAAUUGCAGGAGGAAGAACGGAAAAGGCAAGAAGAGAUUGAAAAACUUGAAAGAGGCAGUUCAUAACCACUGUAAAACCAUUUCUUUUUUUGCCAGAUUGUGGUUCCUAUGAGUUUUUCUUUUCCAAGUGAGAAAUGCUUCUGAAGAAAUCAGUUUAUCAAAUAAAUUCUGCCGUUACACCA